CUCCGAACAGAGAAAAAGUUGGACGAAUUCGUCAUUCGAUUCUUUCAGAGGUGAAAAUCGUGUUUUAAAAGUUUCAAGCGGAAGCAGAAACGCUUAUAAUUUGUCGCGGAAGUGCUGCGCAUUGCGCGUGUGAUAUUUGCACCACCCGGAACUGGUUGGAAGUGGCCAGAAAAAGCAGUGGAAAUCCGUUAAGCUUAGGACUGCAAUUUCUCAUUCUGCAGUAUAGUGCGUGGAGUGUGUUGGAAGGAAGAAGAUUAGCAGGACAGCUGACAAGAAGAAGCUCAAGUGAAGCGAAAAAAAAACUUGUCUGUGGUGUAAUCCAAGCCCCGUAAUUUUCUGUUAAUAUUACUCUACCGCUGAACUACCGUAAAGUGAGUGGAACAGUGCCUUAGAAGGCACUUUUUAAGACUGUUCAAGUUUUACGAAUCGAGAAAACUACCGUAUACUAAUUAUUGACCCUAGCCUAGCAGAAAGGAAGACAAAACCCAUACGAACGCUGGUAGUAAUAUGAGUAAUGCUAUUAACCAAAAUGGUACAGGUCUAGAGCAGCAGUUUGCUGGUCUGGACUUGCAGCAGCAGCCGCAGCUGAUCAAGCAAGAUUCUGGAAAUUUUAAAUCUUCGGCUGCUCGUUACGUUCCGCCCCAACUGAGAAGUGGCCGUGGUACAGGUGGAGGUGGCGGUGGUGGUGGUAGCGGAAGUGGCUCCGAAAGUGACCCGUGGCCAAAUAACCGUGGAGGUGGCCGUGGAGGCUACGAUCGUGGUGGUCGUGGAGACGAUUAUUCCGGAGGAUCUUCGAGAUAUUCGGACCGCGAUCGUGGAGAUUCCUACAAUAACCGAGGCGGAGAUUUUAAUCGUCGAGGAGGAGGAGGCGGAAGAUUCCAGAACGAUCGAAGGGAUAACUACAACCGUGGAGGCGGUUUCAACAAUCGUAGCGGCGGAGGCCCUGAUCAGCAGCCUCAAUCAACAUUUGAACAAAAUGGCGAAGAACCUCGCGACGGUCAGUUUGUCGAUCGUACUGAACAAAGAGGUGGUGGUAACUGGAAUAACAGUUCUCGCGGCGGUCGCGGAGGGGAUUAUAAUGAUAAGCCAGUGGAUAGCCGUCCACCACAGAACGACCGUUGGCAGGAGCCUCCCGCGAACGGAGGAUCGAUGGACAUUAGAGAAGGAGUGUUUAACACCGGAAGUAAUUUCGGAGGCAGCCGCGGUGGAAGAGAAAACAUGGGAGGACGCUGGAACGACCGCGGAAGAGGAGAUGUCGAUUACACGCAGCUCACCAGUCGCGACGAACGUCUGGAAGCCGAGCUCUUCAAACACGGUAAUACCGGUAUCAAUUUCAGCAAGUACGAAGAUAUUCCCGUGGAGGCGACGGGAGACGAAGUUCCGACACACAUCGCAACCUUUUUGGAUAUCGAGCUGACAGAGAUUAUAGAGAACAACAUAAAAUUAGCGCAUUACGAUGUUCCGACACCGGUUCAGAAGUAUGCCAUCCCAAUUAUCAUGUGCGGACGCGAUUUGAUGGCUUGUGCGCAAACCGGAUCCGGUAAAACAGCCGCCUUUUUAGUACCGAUUCUCAAUCAAAUGUACAAGCAUGGAGUUAGCCCUCCACCACAAAAUCGUCCUUUUAAUCGUCGUAAACAAUAUCCACUUGGUUUGGUGUUGGCUCCAACUCGCGAGUUGGCUACCCAAAUUUUCGAAGAGUCUAAAAAAUUCUGCUACCGUUCUCGCAUGCGUCCAGCUGUUUUAUAUGGCGGUAAUAACACCCAAGAGCAAAUGCGCGAACUAGAUCGUGGCUGCCAUUUGAUCGUGGCUACACCCGGCCGUUUAGAAGAUAUGAUUAUGCGUGGCAAGGUUGGACUGGAUAAUAUUCGUUUCCUUGUACUAGACGAGGCCGAUCGUAUGCUGGACAUGGGAUUCGAGCCGCAGAUUCGUCGAAUUGUAGAGGAGAGCAAGAUGCCUCCAACGGGAGAUCGCCAAACACUUAUGUUCUCCGCUACGUUUCCGAAAGCAAUCCAGGAACUUGCUAGUGAUUUCCUUCACAAUUAUAUUUUCUUAGCUGUUGGUCGUGUCGGGUCUACAUCGGUCAAUAUUACCCAAUCGAUCUUCUGGGUGGAUGAAAAUGACAAGCGUUCCCAUCUAUUAGAUUUAUUAUCGAACAUUAAAGCUCAGAACGAGGGUGACGAUAAGGAUUGUUUGACACUUAUUUUCGUGGAGACGAAAAAGUCGGCGGAUUCGCUAGAGGACUUCUUAUACAAUUAUAAUCAUCCGGUAACUAGUAUUCACGGUGAUCGUACCCAGAAAGAACGAGAGGAAGCACUGAAAUGUUUCCGCUCUGGCCGUUGCCCGGUUUUGGUCGCUACAGCUGUCGCCGCUCGUGGUCUGGACAUCCCUAAUGUGAAGCAUGUUAUUAACUUUGAUCUGCCGGCAGAAGUCGAAGAAUACGUGCACCGCAUCGGUCGAACUGGCCGUAUGGGAAAUCUCGGAACUGCAACUAGCUUUUUCAACGAGAAGAAUCGCAACGUAGCCAAUGGACUGGUCCGAUUGUUACAGGAAACACAACAGGAAAUUCCGUCAUUUUUGGAAGACAUGACCACCGAUCGUUCUUGGGGUAGCCGUGGUCGCGGAGGUGGACGCAACCAACGCUAUGGUGGGACAACCUCCACCUUUGGCUCUCGGGAUUACCGUCAACAGAAUAAUUCUCGCAACAACAAUCGUGAUCAGCGCAGUGGAGGCGGCGGCGGUGGCCGCAGCAAUUACGGCGGUGGAAACUAUGGUCGCGAGGAUGGAGGCUACUUCCGUAAUGGUGGCAGCAGUGGAGGUGGUGGCGGUGGCAGCGGUGGUGGAAGCUAUGGCGGAAGCUAUGGUGGAAGCUACAAUAACAACAGUAACUCUGGCCACGAUUGGUGGAAUGAAUAAGCGAUCAGGUUCCACAGAUAGGAAUCUGCUAGCAAAACAUUUCCAGACAAGCUACGGAAACUGGAAAAGGAUGCACAUUCACACACAAAACCAACACAGAUCAUUCAAAAUAGAACACAGAAUUAACGCCCGCUCUAAAUUAACACUCAACACAAGCAAAAGAAAAAAAAAAUAGUUUUGUUUAUAUUGAAAUAGAUGAAUAUAUCCAAACGGCAAAUCAUUUCAACAGAAGUAAUUAAAGUACUUUUCAGUAAUUUUUUUAAUCAUACAAAAGAAGAUGUAAAACAAAGAAUCAAACCAAUCAAAAAAAUCUUUGUUAAAUACGAGAAAAUUAUAGCAAAAUUCCUAAUUUAUGAAAUUAUAUGCAUUUUAAAACAUCUUGCAGGCCCACUUAGGAAUUCAGAAUUAUGAAGAAAUAUAAAGCAGUGAAUUUAAUAGCAUUCUUUAAACCCACAUGAAUAUACCCAACAGAAGAAAGAAAUAUAAUCAUGAUAAAGAGAACACAACAAUGAAAAAUCGCGAAAUAAGUCUAUCAAUAAUACAACCUGAAGGGAAAACCUUCAUGAUUAUUCUGCCAAUCGCUUCUUUCUACACCGGUCAGCCGCAGCCAACAGGCAUAACCAACCGUGACUAAAUUUGAAAGCAGAACUACCUAUGUCACGGUGAUAAACAAUUUGAUGUAAUAGUAAACACAAGAAGCGAUAGCGCAGAUUGAAAAGGACUGUUUUGAAUCGUCAAAAGUGGCAAUGGAAACCAACGUGAAAAGAUGAAUUUUAAACAACUGGUAAGACAAAAAAAAACAAAUAAUUGCACUUUCUCAAUAUGUACUAAAUUCCGUACAGAAACCAACAACCGAUUGUGACAAAUUAUCUUCAAUAAUAGCAACAACAAUAGAUAAUUCGAUGCAA